AUCACGUGUGUCUUUUUCUUCUGUUUCAGGGAUUUUCAGUUUGGACACAUGUCUGGGAACGACUACAUCAACAGCCUCAUCAUGGGCGAGGUGUCCAUUCCCAGCAUCAUCAUCCUCAACACCUCUAAUGAGCAGUACUUUCUGCCUGCGGAGCCUGUGGAGGAUCUCCAGCAGAUGCUGCAGUUCUUCAGCAGUGUUCUGGACGGCAGCGCUCCG